UCAACACCUUAUUUAUUCUCUGUAAAGUUGAAUUCGUAUUUAAGUCCAAAAUGGCAUCAACGAACGAAGCUUAUAUAGAAGCCCCUGAUGAGCAAGUUACGGGAGCUAUGGAUCCAUCAACAGGAACAGUUGUUCCAACAGAAGCAGCAGCAUGCGCAGCACCAGUAGUCGAGCCAACCGGUCCACCGCCUGCCUACGAUCCAGGCAAUUACACCUAUGACAUACAGAAAUUUACAAACAGUAAUCCGGAGAAGCCUCCUUUGCCCGAUGACUCGCCGUACCCACAGCAACCCGUAGCUGUUCACAUCGACCCAACGCAACAGUACGCAAUGUAUGUUCCCGGGGCUUAUGACAAUACUGACUCGACCAUGCCAGCAUACCCACAUAAUAUGACUAUGAUCAGAGAGAGUGAACAAACGACUAAACCCACUUCAGGUAGAGAUAUCGGGGCCUUAAUAUUUUCAAUCUUCGCUUGUCUGUGCUUCUUCUGGCCAGUUGGCAUCGCAGCAAUUGUCUACUCUGCAAUGGCACUUUCCUACCGUGGCAAACAGGGCUAUGACAACAGAGCAGAUCAAUAUGUGAAAUACUCUCUUAUUUUGUCUUCUUUAGCUAUUUUCAUUGGAUCUAUUCUAUUAGUGGUAUUUGUCAUUGUAGAAGAUUAAUAAUACAUGUCAAUGUUGCGUGCACCCAAUUAGACGUGCAUACGAACUUUGUUAAUAUCAUUCAAAAAACAUGACUGUACUUCCUCAAUUAUUUAUGUAAAUUUAAACCUUUGUAUCUCCCUGAACUAAGGUAAUAAGUGUGAUGAGCUCUUUAUGAAAUAAGCUUUUCCAAUUAUUUGUGCAACUUUUAAAACCAAAUAUGAUGCGUCUUGCUAUAAGCUAUGAUUGUUUGGUUGACUGUGACAUUUACAUUCAAACUUGAAGAAUUAAUACCGG